AUGGCCUCCAAGCUCUCCUUCCUAACCCUUCUUAUGGAGAGAAGAAAACCUCCCAAAAACAACACCAACACCAAUGACUUAACCUUUGUCAAGGCUGCUGCAUGGGCAUGGUACCAACACAACUCAGCCUCUAAGGGCAAAACUAUAACCGAGUUUCAUGCCACAGUAACUCGCCCUGAGCCAAAGCCUUCGCGUUACAAGUUAGAAGCCAUGAGAGUGGCCAAGGAAGCACGUGAAGAGUCUCCAAUUGUUCAUGCAAAGAAACUGUCCCUUCUUGAUGAAUAUGAAGUCCAAAGUAUCUCAAGGCAACUUGAUGAUCUUGUGGAGGAUUCAAAUAACAAACCUUUGCACGGUGGUGCUGACAACUCUACAAACAGAAGGACGCAGAAGAAGAAGAAGAAGAAGAAGGUUAAGAAAGGGUUUUGGCUAAGGCAUGGAGCUGUUUGUGGAAGGGAGGAAGAUGCGGUUGCUCCUGGUGCUUUGAGGGUUUCUCAUCGUGGGCAACCGGCAAAGCAAGGACCUGCGGUUAACGAGGUUAAGCGUUUGCCAAUGGAAAAUGAUAAAUGGCCGAAGUUGGAAGUUGAAGCAAACGAAGAUGCAGAAUAG